UUAUUUGGACCAUGAACACAUUCUGCGAGUCUAGUGACUACCAUCAUGUGCCCUCCACCCCAAGCUGCUCAAGACCAGACCCAGCUGCUGCACUGGUUCCAGACAUACACUUCCCAAACAGCCCUGACAUGGAUUUUAGAAGUGAAACCCUGGUCCCUUCAACACCAAUUUGUCCUUUGGUGAGAGGAGUGUACUGUACAAGGUUGAGAGAGGUAUCUGCUGACAGCAGAUGCUCAUACCUCCAUGUAGGCUGGGGUCAUGAGGGAGGCAGACAGAUGCCUGAUCUUGAGUUGUUCACAAGUUUUGCUGAGCAGGUCGUUCCUUACACACCAAGAGCACAUACACCAGCUGACAGGGCUGAGUCCUGUGAUGUCAUCAAUGAUAUAUUUCCAACUUACAAAAGGGCAGAAGUUGCCAAGUCAAGGCUAGCCAGUACUCCGUCUAUUUUCUCCACUUCAUGUCAUGUCAGCAAAGAGAGGCAACUUAGCCUGUUUUCCGGAGAUGAAAUAUUUGCAUAGACUCACAGAUAGUAAGUUUUCAUUGGCAGUCCCAGUUACCAUGUAAGUUUGUUCUUUUUCCCAUGUACGUGUGUUACCUCAUUGUUACUGUGUUUUUAGUUUGAUCAUGUCAUUGCAUACUUGAAUCUUGUCAAACAAAGUUUGCAAACCAUUUGUUUCCCAGCAUAAUUUAUAAACACCUGGAGCAAGUGGCACCAGAAAAUGUGUAGUUUCAUGUUAUGUCAAUUAUUCCGGUUCAAACAUGAAAUAUAUUUGAAAAAUU